AUCCCUGGUCUGGAUUUUAUCCAGUAACAUUUUGGUCUUAACACACUUUCCUCUUCUUUGUUUCCGAGCCAGAUUACGGACCAUAAUAAAAAUUAUGAUAAAGUGACGAUGACUAAAAUAAUAAUCCCGGGUAGAAUGACACUCAGAAAGAGACAUUUAAAUUCUUGAUACAAAUUAUGUCAUGUUUAAAUGUGAAAUGCCACGUGUUCGGUAUUAGAAUAUCUGAAGAUGAUGGGUAAGGCUGCAAUGAGAAAGACAAAAAACCUUAUGGUGCAGGUUUCUAUUAUAAUUACCAGCGGUGGAACCGCGACAAGCACCUGCCUCAUACUCACGUGCAACCUGGUCUCCCGCUGCUCACGGCCGACAUCUGCCCGAACUUUCUAUUAGAACAAUUUUUGGAACGUUACCCAAAUUAAAUGGGUUCUGCGUGAAUAGGCAGAAGAUACAUUUGGAAGAACAACAACAGCGUAAUAGCUAACACCUAAUACAGACAAAUGGAAUUUAUAUUUAAAUGUAGGAGUAUAGUUGUGCUAUGAAUAACUUGCACUGAAUUAUUAACAACAAUAAGAACAAUUAUAGUAGGAGUAAUAUCCUAGUAGUAGUUAGCGGAACUUCAGUAAUCGGAAUUUAAAUUUUUUGUAUAUGGAAACUAUAUAGAUUCAGUAGUUUCCACAUGCACAAAUUUAAAAUUCCGAUUACUGAAGUUCCGUGUUGCCAUUAAUUGUCUUUAUUGCAUUUUCAUCUUCAAAGAAUUACAAUCACAUAAAUGGUUAAAGUGAGUAAUAAAUUGAUAUAUCGGAACCGCAUUCUCGUUUAAUCGAAACGGAAAGAAGAUGUAUGCGCGAAUCAAAGGAAACGCAUCUGCAAAACUAAAGCGAACUAAAGGUUGUUUUACUCCUUUGUCUGCAUGACAAUCUCAGAGCUCAUUAAACGUGUUUUUAGCUCUGCUUACAUAGAAUUACAGCACAGCCUGGCAAAUUCUUGUUUCUAUAGUAACAUAUACACGAUUAUUAACUGAAAGGAGGAAAACUCACUAAAAGUGUUCAGACAUUACCUAUACUACAGUGUGAGCGCAGUAUAAUUAUUUGUUGAUUACAAAAUUGUUAUUAAUCACCAAUUUUUCUUGCUACCGUUUUAUAAAAAAAGUUUAACCUGUAUAUUCCCAGUGAAAUUAAGUUGUUUUUCAUAAUCGCUUGAAUAUUGUUUUUACUUAUUAAAAAAUCAUGAAAUGAGCACGGUUUCAAUUUUGUUACUGAUGAAAAUGUUCAUUACACAAGUAAUCGUCUGCAUUACUCCUAUGAUGUAUAUGGUUUAUGGUGAAUGUAAAUAAUUCUAGCUGCUUGCCGACUUCAUAUAUAGCAAUCUUGAUGCGCAUGAUAAUUUGUAACUCAGUUAUGAGAUCAUUCAGAAAAAAAACAACAUUCUUUUUUACUUUCUCUUUCCAAAUGAAGCGGAGUAACCCAUUAGAAUAUGUUUAUAAUAAAACGUUGACCAGUGCACCACGACGUAGAGUUUGCAUUAAAUUUAAUCUCUAUCGCGCUGUUUACCUCCAACACGCGUUUGUCAGUUGUACCUCCCGUUUGAUCUGAGCACUAUAUACACACGUCACUAAAUUGCCCAUACUGUAUAUUUGUGCGUAAUGUUCUCUGCAAUGGACUGGCAUCCUGUACAGGGUCUUCCCCCGCCUUGGGUCUAUGCACCCUAGGUAGGUUCCAGCCCCUCCCCCGCGACCUUGACCAGGACAAUCUGUUGGAAGAUGGAUAAAUGGACGGAUUAAUGGAUGGAUCGAGGGCUGAAUAUAUGGGUGCAUUAUACUACAGUAAAUUACAAAACACAAGCAAUGGGCCAGUGUAAAAUAUCUGCUCUGAUUUUUAUUUUUGUUUAGGUCUAGGUUUCCUUAUAAGCAUUUUGUUCGUUUGUAUUUUUCAGUUACACUCAUGCGGGUGGCACUGUUUUAUUUAUGUGAUAUUUAAGAAUUGCGCAAGUGUAACAACCUUUCUGCGGCAGUCGCGGAACGCGUAUGCGGACUUUGCGGCGCAGCUCUUCAGCUUUUGAAUAUCCGCCGCCCUCUUCCAACUUGACGACUCGUGCGUGCUUUUCAAAUACUCUUUAGAAUUAUAUGCUCUCUUCUAUAACUCCAAGGAGGAUAGUUAGCUUUUAUUUGUAGUACACUUGCCAGAGGUGUCAGUGCGCACGCGGGGAUACUUCUUUAUUUGUACUGUCCUUCACGUGUAUGAGAAACCUGUUUUGGUAAGCCGACAGAAUAUAAUGUGUACUGUCAUACAUGUCCAAUUAAACGAUAAACCAAUGCUCACCUUUUUGACAAAUUGAAAAUUAAGUCAAUCGUUUUCAAUACGUAAGAUGAUGUUGCGUAUUAAUUUCCUCCUUUUGUAUACUUCAAAAGUAUCUGUUACUUCUGAAACCAUGAUAACGUAGCUUAUAUCAGAUAAAUAAAUAUUCACACACCUCUCUGCGUUGUGUCGAUAGGAGAAAAAUACGGUAAGCAGACGUCAGAGGAGUGUGCGUGUGAGUGAGAGACGGGCCGCGGGCCAUACAGUGACAUACGCGCGCUGAAAGUCCUUUAAAACGGAAAGGAAGCUGAUACCAGCAGAUUAUAUUUGCUAAAAACGUCAAUCAGUUUUCCUUGUGGAAUUUUAAUUGCUGACGGGGCCUGCUUAUCGUCCGAAAGGGUUUAUUAAUAAACCGCUGAUAGCGGCGGUUAAAAACACAUUCAGACUCUGCUACGAAUAGGCCUAAACUUCAGACAGUUUUUUGUACCGUAUUCGAUAUGAUAUAUAUUAUACAUUGGCCGGUACAAUGACUCUAUAGUGAGUCUAUAGUGACCCCGCCCCGAGGACAGUUCAUUUGCCUUGCGGGUUUUUUGGUGCAGUCCGAAGACCUACAGUGGGGCUAAUUGGUGUCUCUAAAUUGCCCCUAGUCUGUGAACACAUGUAUGUGCCCUUCGAUGGACUGGCAUCCGCAGUCUUGUGGCCGAUGCUGCCUAUAUAUGAUAAGCUCCAGGCCCCCGUGAUGAAAUGCGUCGAAUUCUAUCAAUAGCGUGUUUUAAAUAUAUCAAUGGACUUUCCGUUUAUGGCAUUACAUUUGCUUUACAGCCCUGUAAUCCAGUGCACUUCCCCCCACCCCCACAAAUAAUUGAAAAAUUAAGACCCAAACGUUUUACCUGCAUCCCAAAAUGAGCAGACUGUAGCACCUGUGAGCGAAACUUCAAUGGACCUAACAGCAAAACCAAAAACUUCUGUUCUGUAGAUGAAUUCGCAUGAUAUAAUUUCAUUUUAAUUUGUUGUGAAUUAUAUAACUUAAGAUCAGCCAUCGUUUUUUAUUGUGUUUCUGUAUUUGUGUAAAAAGAUAUGCUUUCUUUUUGGUGGCUAUAGGGCCUGUCGGUCGGUAGUAUAUUUUACUUUUUAAUAAUGAUCGAUAGAAUGAAUUACCAUGUAUUAUUAAUUCGAUAAACAACCAUUAAAUUUAUCAUGCCAGUUAAACAGUAUUUAUAUACGCAGACAGUUAGUUUUUUGUUGUUUUCAAACUAAUAUAAAACAAACAAAACGGAACAUCUUAGCACAAAAAUUAGAUGAAUUUGCACUUGUAACAGUCCGUAUCGUUGGAUUACUGGUUUAAACGGUAACUACUUUGCAUAAACUGUUUUAUUUCGGCAACAAUUACUGACUUGCCAUCAGAUUGAUAAUGUUUUACUGGGCCCUAUUACAGAUGCAAUCUUCAAACUAACGGUGGAUUAAAAUAAUCCAGACGAUGUGAUGUCCCAAAUAUACUUUUUUUAAAUAAAAAGCUUAAUUCUUUAAAAACUGGGCACGACGCCAGUUUUUCUCCCUAGUCUUGGAAUAACAGUAUUGGUAAUAUCGUCAAUUAAUGCACCUCUCAGGUCAAUUUGAUUGGCUCAGCGCUGGGGGAACUGAAGCAGUGGAGGCGGGAUGUGAGUCCCACGUUCCCCGCGCUCUCUCCAGCUUGAGAGCGGACUGGCCGAACCCCCUGUUACUCCCCGUACUAAACCCGCCCCUAGGUUCGUGACAUCAACGAGCAGAAGAAGCUUUGCCCAUCCACGGACUCUUAGAACAAAACACUAAGUGGUUGUCAGAAGUAGCACGCUGGAGCUUAUUUUUGCGCGUGGUAAACAGGCAGGUACAAGGAGAUUUACUCUUUUGUUUUGCUGUUUUUGGUCGGCUGGGAAAUGAACGCACACCUUUGUUCUUCCCAUGUUAACUCAUUAGACUUAUAACUAUUUUUAUCCUUUGGAAGGACGCAUGUUAUCUGAUUUGCUUUCGGAAGAGUUCGUUUCCUUAAUGUAACUGAACAGGACGCCACAAUGCUUCCGAGUCCGGUUACUUCCACGCCGUUCUCUGUCAAAGACAUACUGAAGUUGGAGCAGCAAUCUCGGCAGCACCACUCCCUACAUCUCGAUCUAUCCCGCGCGCACUUAAGCCAGGAUUUGUCACAAGCCCAGCAUUUCCAGACGCCUCCCUCCUGCAUGCUGAACGCCGGGGAGAGCCCCAGCUUCUCCGACGGAGAGGAAAACAUGUCCUAUCUUAGCACGUUGUCAGUGCGGGACGGCCCCGGAGAAGCCAGCCUCUCUCCAGACAUGUACAUUCAUUCGGCGCUGGGACACUUGACCGACUCCAAAUUAGACGGGGAUGUCGACGAGCAGGAAACCAAGAGCUGCGGUAUUGAUACCAAAACCGAGGGAUGCGAGGAUGGCCGGCACUUAGACUCUGAGAGGCCGCAGAAGCAGCGGACCAGGCGGAAACCGAGGGUGCUCUUCUCGCAGGCCCAGGUGUUCGAGUUGGAGAGGCGCUUCAAGCAGCAGCGGUAUCUGUCGGCGCCGGAGCGGGAGCACCUGGCCAGCACGCUGAAACUCACCUCCACGCAGGUCAAAAUAUGGUUUCAAAACAGAAGGUACAAAUGCAAGCGGCAGCGCCAGGACAAGUCACUGGAAAUGGCAGGACACCACCAUCCACCUCCACCUAGACGAGUGGCAGUUCCAGUUUUGGUCCGUGAUGGCAAACCUUGCUUGGCGGGAUCGCAGAAUUAUAACGCACCGUAUUGCGGGACAAACCCGUACAAUUACAACGGCUAUCCGGCGUACAGCUACAACAACCCAACUUAUAACAGCAGCUACAGCUGCACUUACUCCGGUAUUCCCGCACUACCAUCCACGACGGCUGCUAACGCUUUUAUGAACGUGAACCUCGGUAAUAUCGCGAACCACAUCGGCGGCUCACCUCAGCCGCAAACACACCAAGGAACGGCGGUUUCACCGUGUCAAGGGACGCUGCAGGGAAUCCGAGCGUGGUAGCUUGAAAACAGGCUACAAGUCGUAUUUUUUUCCCGUUUAUAUCACGCAGAUGUUACUGAUAUAUCAUAUCGAAGAGUAUUAAUCAUAUUCACAAGUUUGUUACAUGCCUGCAGUAUUACCAAAACAGUGUUUUGUAUAAUAGCCUAGAAGCAUUUAUAACGCGUGGGCUGUAGACUGUGGGAAAUCUUGAAAAUCCAAAUGUUUACUUUUCUGUCAGUAACAGGCAGGGGUAUAUAGUGUAACGGUCCCAGAAGUGAAUCAGGGAUCCACAGAAGAAUUCCAACAAAAUAAUGAUGCAACAGUCCACUUUUCUGUUGUUAUCUAGGGUGAAACUGAGGAUUUUCACGUAUAAACAAACGUGAACUUCAUGACCUUUGGAAUUAAAGGUCAUUAAUAUGCCAGUUACUGUAUAAAGAUGUCCGGAUAACUUCGUACAAAAUUAACAGUGUUAAGUGUUCGAAAGAAACCGGUGUGCUUUACUGGAAGAAUAAAAUAAUAUAUUGAUUAAUCAAUCUAAUCGCCAGAAUGUCCUUAACUUUUAUCAACGACAUUUAAAAAAAACUUACAAAUAUCCUUUCGGUCCCAGCUGAAAACGAAUAAUAUUCUCAUAAAUAUGUAGUUUCUUGGUUAAUGUAUAAGGCCGUUAAAUGCGGCUGGAUUUAAGAACCGCCCCAAACACCUCACUACAAAGGACUAAGUAUGAAAGCGUUUUUAAUGCUUGUACUGUGGAUUUUAAAGAUGAUGCAGACGUUGGAUUAAAAAUUAUACAUCUGUCAUUUUUGAAAGAUUAUUGUCCCAAAAUCUAUUUUAUUUAAUUGUUACCGGGCAUUGCGUUUCAUUCUUCCGGCAAAUACGGAUAAAUUAACAAACCUUUAAAAAAACAGCUGGGUGUUUUGUCUACUAUUACCUAUAAUAUAUACAAGUAUAUACAAGUUAUGAUCAUAACCAGGUUUAUGAAUAGAUGCCCCUAAUCCGUCAUUACGCAUUUCAAGUUUAAAGAUUCAUUCUAAAUCCAACAAAUAUCUAAUCUCCACAGGCCUGUAAAAAAUUCCGGUGAGGAAUAGGUUAUUGCGCAUGUAAAUAGAAUUUUAGAAAAUGCAAAUUACAUAUGAUCUGCCCCGUGUUGUAAACCACUCCUACUCGAAAAAAACAAUCAGCGGUAUCUAAUAUAUAUUUUCAGGUGACAUGAUUCGAAUAUAUGGCGCACACAACCAUUUUAUCGACGUAAAAACAGCGUCUAUUCUGCGAAUUACGGUUGUUAUGUGUAUUUUUUUACGUUGUUCUGUUAUAAUUUACGGCAUUUGUGUGUGUUUAUUCAUCAGAUUAAAUACAAAGAGGAUUGUCACUCUC